AUGUCAUCUCCCCGCAAGAGUGACCGAGCCUCCCUCGCGCGUCACCACCACCCGCAGUCGCCCUUUGGCCGCGCGCGAGACCCCAGCUACGAAUUCGACCUCGAUAAAUCGCAUUUCCCCACCCCCUCAAAACAGAAUGGGGCGCGUCCCCGGCACAACUAUCGUACAGGUACGCUAGCGGGCGCAUAUCGCGCUACCUCGCGCACGAGCAUGUCCGACGACGGUGCUGGGCUCGGAUUGACAACCAGUCCGCGACAGCCGCAGGCGUUCGUCGGUGCGCGCUCGCCAUCGUCCGAUAUGUCGAACCCACCCGAGGAGCUUGUCGAUGUGUACAGGAGGAUCGAAGAGGACGGAACCCUGGCAGACUUCGUGCCGCUGGACGACUGGGAUGUUCCACUCGAGACGCGUCGGUUGAAUCACUCGUCCCUCCGGGCGAGGGAACGAGACCUGGGAAACCGCGCAUUCUCCGAGGCUAGCUUUGUCAAUGAGAACUCGCCACGCAGGAGGACCUCCGAUUUUACUAGAGAUGAGCAGCGACUACGACGUGUCACGGGCAAGGAUUCGCCGGUAUUCAGCAAAGCCAAGGUCGGGACCCGAGCUGCCCUCACCGCGGAUAAUCUGCAGCGAAGGGAAGAAGAAGAACAAAACCACGUAUCGGAGGAGGAGAAGGAGGAGGAGGAGGGUGAGCGUGGCCCACCGUUGAAUUUGCCGCGUACCUGGGGUAGUCGGGCUGGUCGUCGGUCGGAAUGGCCCAGGAACGUGAGCGGAAGCACAUCAUCAGAGCCGCAGGAGAAAAGGGAAGAGCAAGCACCACUCAAUGAUUCCUCAAGAACAAGAAUGAGGGCUGAGGAUAGUGCUGUCCCCAAAAGCCCUAUGCGCUCAUUCCCACGGGCUGUUGAACGAAGCAACCUUCCGGCACGGAGCGCGCUUGGGGAACGCACAGCAAAUAUUCAUAUGCAAGAAACACACCAGGACAAGGAGAACGAGGUACCUGGUUGGGGUCAUAAUGCGCCACAGGGCGAAGGCGCACCCAUUCCGAACACGCCCAUCGUCGUCUUCAAAAACUCAACCUUUACCAAACCAAGCGCGACCAAGCGAGAUUCACGAGAUUCGCAAGAUCUGCUUCGUAAAUUAUCAAGGACCGAAAGCCCCAAGCUGGACCAGAUGCACACUCCAGAUCCGCCGAAGCUUUUCGAGAGGAGGAUUUAUGAUAAGACGCCCAGAGUGACGGGUGCAUGGAUCGAUACUCCAAUGACCGAACGGAUCACGGAGCUUCCUCAAGACCUUACUAAGGACAUUGUUCCAUCGGCGGCAUCCCCAAAGGAACCAGAACCUGCAAAACAGCAGCCGAAAUUGUUGGUGGAUGUGAAGUCGAAAGCGGAGGAAACAAAGCCAGAAUUGCGCCCUUCAGAUGAGCCUGUCCCUGAAGUCCAGCCCGCCAAACCCAACAGGGCGCCUUUGAUUCGACCUAAACUCCCAAAGAGUGCCCUUGAGACGGUCAUUGAGGACGUCAGUUCCGGCAAGGAAACCCUCGACCUGGGAGACGAUACCAUUGAAUCACUUCAAGCAAUCAUGGAUGAUCCGACUGAGCUGAAGACCGAGGAAGAGGAGGAAGCUGCUUAUGCACAGGAGGUUAUAAGGAGGCUUGAGCUGGCCAAUGCCAAUGGACAGGACUCAGUUGAUAUUGACCGGCUGAAUGACAAGCUCCAUUCGCUUGUGAGAAACAUCAACGAAGUGAAAAAGGGCCUGGACAGUCUCGAAGAGCACGUUACACGAGAUGCUGCCAUUGUGUCGCGGCCAAGCUCCCCCAAGCUAGCCGGCCAGCAGACCCUGCACUCGCAAUCCAGUGAGAACUGCGAUAAAUGCAUUCACAAUGAUGGCCGUGUAUACGCCGCGAUCCCGCUCCCUCGUCUCUGGAGGAAGAAUCCGGCGUCAGGGCGUCGUGAACUCACGAAAUUGGGUUUGUUUACGCUCGUGUCGCUUAGCUGGUAUAUUAUCGAAUGCAUGAUGUGGGAUCAAUACUCCCACCCUUUAAUCUCGGAGACAUGCGAUGGCUACUGCAUGCAAGCGGAUGCACCCAACUUCCCAUUCGUGACUGUCACCAUGCUUUGGCGCUGGUCCCAUCUGGGGACUGUGCUUGCGCCCAUCGCCACUAUCUUUGUGGCCUUCUUCCGACUUGUGGCGCAGCUGCUGGGUCUAUGGGAUGGUUAUGUGGAUGAGCCUGAACAACUGGUUAAAAUCAUGGGCGAGAUCCGCGUCAACGGCACUCCAGUCUCGUUUCCCUGGCUGGUGCCUCCGGCUGAAACGAUUACAUCCCCCCAAUCAUCUCCACCGCCGCCACAACAGCCCGUGUGGACUCCCCGCAAUAAAGCUCCAAGUCAAGAGGGGGAGGACCAGGGGUCCAUGGAUGAUGAUGAAUAUCUUUAA